CAAACACAUCAUGUCCUCCGACCACCCCCCCACAAGCCAAAGUCACAUCCACAUCCACAUCCUCGGCCUCGGCAGCAUCGGCUGCUUCGUCGCGCACGCCCUGCGCUCCCUCCCCUCGCCCCCCAGAGUCACCCUCCUCCUCCACCGCGAGGGCCUGCACCAAGACCUCGCAGCCCGAGACGGGAAACUCUCCCUCCAGAUCCGCGAAGAUGGGCCCGUCCACGAGACAUCCGGAUACGACUGGGAGCUUCUCCCCCAGCAGCAGCAGCAGCAGCAGCAGAAAAGUCUGACCACCGACCCCCCAAUCCACUGCCUAAUCGUCACCGUCAAAGCCUCUGCCAUGAUCGCCGCCCUCCACCCCAUCAAACACCGGCUGGGGAAAGCCUCCACGAUCUGUCUAUUUCAAAACGGCAUGGGCCAGAUCGAGGCCCUGGACGAGGAGAUCUUCCCCGACCCCGCGACCCGUCCAGCGUACAUGUUCGGCAUCGUGCGUCACGGCGUGUAUCUGGCUGCUCCUUUUCAUGGGAUCCUUGCCGGGUUGGAUGGGACCAUCACCAUCGGAGAGGUCGAGCGAUCGCUGCCCACCAACCCGAAUCCCAAUCCCAAUCCCAACCCUGCUGCACCCUCCACUACACCUUCCCCAUCAACCACCCACCUAAGCACCACCCUCCUCACUGCCUCCCUCCUCAACGGCACCCUCCUCCCCUGGUCCGCCCUCCUCCCGAUCCAACUCCACAAACUCGCCGCCAACUGCGUGCUCAACCCGCUCACCGCCCUCCUGGACGUCCGCAACGGCGCGAUCCUGCAAAACCCCUCGGUCUGGCCCCUCCAGCGACAGCUCGUGGAGGAGAUCUCGGCGGUGUUUCUGCGGCUGCCGGAGUUGGCGCAUCUGGGGGCGGAGGCGCGGACAGAGCUGUUCUCGGUGCGGGCGAUUGAGGACGCGGUGAGGGGCACGGUGGAGAAGACGGCGGCGAAUUCGAGUAGUAUGCGUGAGGAUGUGAGGAGGGGGAGGGAGACGGAGAUUCGCUUUAUUAAUGGCCUCCUCUUCAGCCUCGCCCUCACCGGCCUCGGCCUCGCAGACAAAACCUGCACCCCGAGUUUCGACUACUGCUCGGACCAGCUUCUCAACUCAAAGGGCUUCACCACAUCCGACCUUAACACCGCCCUGCAAGGCACGGGCUACGAGAACGAAGACCUGAAGAACAUCCUCUUCCACUGCACGAAUCCCGGCGCGGUGGGACACGCCAAGUUGUGUGCGAACGGAUGCAAGGAUUCGGCGCAGGAGGGGAGUCAUGGGUGUGAUGGGUAA